AUGUUUCGAAGAAACUACUGCUCAUUUUCCUCGGAAUCCAGUGAAUGUUCCUGGCAGAAAGAAGCUCCGGCAGGUAGAACCCGUCGUCUAAGAUUGACGAUGAACUUGACAAUGACAAACUUCAAGCCGUUGUGCCCCAAAAAUCAGUGGAGAUUCUUCAGGCAGAUUCGGAAUCUGAUCGAGGAUUUUGAGCAGAUUUAUGACGCAAAGCUUAACGAAAACAAUGUUCAGUUUGAUGCAGCAUUAAGGCUGCUGAACAUAAAAGAGAUGGAAUACACAGGGAAACUGAUGCCUAUCGUUCAGAAUUUCAGAGAAACUUUGCAGCCUCUUCCCCACUCGGUUAAGCCUAAACCCACUGUCCAUGGUCGCCUCACGCCAUCGAAGAUCCUCUUGGACCGUAACCUUGUGCCGAAGAUAACCGGGUUUGGACUGAUCAUGCAUAGUGAUCAUCAGUCUGAUACGAAACCUGACGUGAUGGCCUUUGGUGUUUUGCUUCUGCAUCUUCUAACCGGGAGGAACUGGCCCGGUUUGCUGAAGGCAAUAUCGAUGAACCAGACGAGUAUCCUCAGUGGCCGUUAG